UCACUUAAACCAAAUUAAUUAGCUUGGACUUUGUAGGUAGAGAAAAUCCUUAAACCCAAAUUAAUUAACUUGGACUUUGUAGGUAGAGAGAAUGCCUAUAUAAAGGACUAGCUCUAGUUAGCUUUUCUUUCAUCCCUUGCACCACAUAACUUCACUUCAUUCUCUGUUUCUUCUCUUUUCAUUCUGUAACUAGCUAGUUUAUUUACUUAUAAUUCCGUCAAUAUGGAGCGUUCUACUCGUGUAUUCUCAACCACUGUUGUAGUUCUUAUGUUGCUUCUUCUCGCUACUGAGAUGGGGCCAAAUGUAGCUGAAGCCAGGCUCUGCGAGUCAGCCAGUCACAGAUUCAAGGGAAUAUGUGUAAGGAAGAGUAACUGUGGUGCUGUUUGCCAAACUGAAGGGUUCUCCGGUGGGAAAUGCAGAGGUCUUCGUGCUCGCUGCAUGUGCACUAAGCAUUGUCAUCAAGAAGAAGAAGCUGAAGUAAAAAACUAAACCCAGAAAUCAAGAGGUGUCUAUGAUGUUAUGUUAGAAUAAAAUGUUAAAAUGCAAUUAAGUUUGCAUUUUCUCUAGGAUUGUGCUUUUGUUGUUGUUGUUGUGGUCUGGCCUUUUGCUUAAGAAUUCUCAUGCUGGUACUGUCAUGGAUUUGGAACCUACCUUUGGGAUGUGUCUUCGUGUAAACUUAAUUUAUGUUGGAUAUGGAUGUUUUUAGUGUGAUCUGAUUGGCCUUUA